GCCCGGAGUCACGUGGGCGAGCACCGCGCUGGCUCGGGCCGCACGUGUCACGUGAUCCGGGCCGGGCUGAGCGCUGGGAUGGAGCCGGAAGAAGGGACAGCGCUGUGGCGGCUGCAGAAGCUGCCCCCGGAGCGGGGCGCGCAGCUUCUUCACAAAAUAAUUGAUGGCAUUUGUGGUCGAUCUUAUCCUCUGUACCAGGAUUAUGACAGUGUAUGGGAUUCAACAGAAUGGGUGCAUGUUCUAGAAGAUGUUACCAAGUUUUUCAAAGGUGUAGUUGGUAAAAAUGUAUCAGAUGAAGAGAUACUUCAGCAGUUGAAUCAGUUGAGUUCAUCUCAUCAAGAACCUAUCAUGAAAUGCUUAAGAAGUAGGAAAGAUGAAAUCAAACAAGUUCUGUUAAGAGAAAUAGUUAAUAUUUCUUCUGCACAGUUACAAGAUUUUGACUGGCAGCUAAAGCUUGCACUUUCUAGUGACAAGAUCGCUACUUUACAAAUGCCACUGUUAACUCUUCAUCUAGACGUAAAAGAAAAUGGUGAAGUAAAACCAUAUUCUGUUGAGAUGAAUAAAGAAGAGCUGCAAAAUCUCAUAAAUUCAUUGGAAGCAGCUAAUAAGGUGGUCCUGCAGUUGAAAUAACUGGAAAUGAUGGAUACCAGCAUUAUCAGAUUUCACUGCAAUGGUUGAUAUGCAGAGUGAACACUGUGUUCAGAGACCCUGCAACAUAUUGAUUGCUCUGCCAAGCUGAGAAAGAAGCAGUGUGAGAUUGGAAAGAUAAAAAUCUAUCAGUGUCCCUAAAGAACAGGAAAUUACAUGGUUGAAAGGAAAUGCAUAAAAUAGCUAUGGUAGCAGUUUAUAUUUUCAUAAUGAUUGUUUUGUCUCCUUUACUAAUAUUUGAGAAAGCUUUGUAAAUAGUUUUAUUAAAAGCUAAAAAUAGUUUGUAAGGUAAUAUAAACAUACAAAGCACAUUUGACUAUUGCUUAAAGAAAUAUGUUAAUAGCAAGGACAUGUAUAAUAAAUUUGUGAUAUUUAAAUUAGUUUGUAAAAGUAUAUAUAAGCUACAUAUAGAACUCAGGAUAUUCUAUAUCUUUUUCAUUUUAAAGAAAUAUGUAGAAUUUCUUAGAGAAAAGGUCUUUAUCAAGAUAUAACCAAGAAAAAAAAUGUAAAUAUCUGAAUAAUUCUGAGUUUUUGAAUUGUAGAAACUAAAAUCUAGAACACAGAAAAGGUUAAAGUAACAUUAUUACUUCUGUAUUUCCAUGUCUGAUUGGGAGACUAUGUUCUGAUAAAAGGAAUAGAUGUCAUUUUAUAGUUAUGUACAUUGUUAAAAUAUCAGGUAAUACUCUCUAGGUCCAUUUUGGUUAUAUAUUGUUAAUACUGAAUUUAACACUUGGAUGUUAAGAAAUUCAUUGGAAUAUAAAUGGUUUUUAAUGACAGAUAAUUUUCAAAAUAAGCAUUCUGAACAAAUAAAAGUAACAUUUUA